AUGUCACUCUUCCGUCCCCAGCUUCUUCAACACCUCAGGAAGGUGCGUUUCAAGACCCCUGAUGGGACAGAGAUCACGUUUGAUGCCAAUGGAGAUUUAGUCACAGAAUUUGAUGUACUACACGGGCAGAAGACUGCUGAGGGACUGUUCCACUUUGUCCACAUAGGUACAAUCAAGAGAGCCUCUUUAGGGGACAGAAUGACAGUCCAGGUGAUGGAGGAGGAGCUCCAGCUCUGGUCUGGUGAUGGGAGGUGGGCUGAGGGAGGCAGAACCACUGCCUUUGCAGGUCUGCAAAGGGAUGGGCCACCAGGAGUGCAUGUGGGGGCAGGGUCAGCACCUACAGGAGCCUCGGAGCAACUGGGCUUUUCCAUCAUCAGCCAGGUCCCCAGCUCUGUCUGCAGCAGGAGUUGUGCUCCAGGAUUCAGCCAGAUCCCCCAAACAGGCUUCCUCCACUGCUGUUUUGACUGCAGCCCCUGCCCUGAGGGACAGUUUGCAGACCAAAUAGACAUGAAGCAAUGUCUUCCGUGCCCAGAGGAACAGUACUCGAGCAGCACCAGAGACAGCUGCCUGCCUAGGACAGAGACCUUCCUGGCCUUUGAGGAGCCCAUGGGCCUCACGCUGGCCUCAGUAGCACUCAUGCUGGCUGGGCUAGCGGUGCUGGUCCUUGGGGUGUUUCUGAAGCACCGGGACACACCAGUGGUCAGGGCCAACAACACAGCUCUCAGCUACAUGCUCCUCACCUCUCUGGCCCUCUCUGCUUUACUCUUCAUUGGCCGUCCUACCGCUGCCACUUGCUUCCUCCGCCAGACCACCUUUGCCAUUGUGUUCACUGUGGCUGUCUCCUCCAUCCUGGCAAAGACCCUCACCGUGGUCCUGGCCUUCAGGAUCACCAGACCAGGGGACAGGGUCCAGAUGUGCCUGGGACCCAACGCCUCCACCUUGGUGGUCCUCGUUGCCUCCUUAGUGCAGCUUGUUCUCUGUGGGGUCUGGAUUGGCACCUCCCCACCUUUCCCAGAUAGGGACACAGUCUCAGAACCCAGCCACAUUGUCAUCCAGUGUCAGGAGGGCUCUGGCAUCACUUUUUCCUGCGUGCUGGGCUACUUGGGCCUCCUCGCUGGAUUCACUUUUUCUGUGGCCUUCCUGGCCAGGGGUCUGCCCGAUGCCUUUAAUGAGACUAAGUUCCUCACUUUCAACAUGCUGCUCUUUUGCAGCGUCUGGACAACCUUCCUGCCCCUGUACCACAGCGCGCGGGGCAAGUCCACAGUGGCUGUAGAGAUCUUCUCUAUCCUGGCCUCCACCGCAGGGCUGCUGGGCAGCAUCUUUAUCCCCAAGUGCUAUAUCAUCCUAUUAAAACCAGAGCGGAAUACCCCAGGCUGGUUGAGGCGAGAGGACCUGGGAUUAGUGGGAAAGACAGAGCAAGGAGCUCCAGAGCUGGCAUCUGCACAGGCCCACACCACAAAUCUUCACAAACCAGUCCUCCCUGAAGACAUUUGGGCCAUUGAUUUGCGUUCAUUGUUUCUGGGUGGAUUGAAAGAAAUUUAAAAGUCAGAUCAAGAAAGAGAUGAAGCACACAGAUAAAAAUGCUAAUGACUCUUCUAUCAAGGUGAUGGAUAUAUGGAUGGUCAUUGAUUAGUCCCUCCAUGCAUAUUGUUCAAAAUUAAAUAAGUUUGAAAAAGGCUGAUGAUGCAAUAAUAAUAAUAAUAAAAAGUGUUGGUAAGGAUGAAGGGAAACUGAAAUUCUUUUUUUUUUUUUUGUGGUUUUUUGGCCGGGGCUGAGUUUGAAUGGGUUUGAACCCGCCACCUCUGGCAUAUGGGACUGGCGCACUACUCCUUGAGCCAUAGGCGCCGCCCGGGAAACUGAAAUUCUUAUCCUCUAGUGGUAGGAAUCUAAAAUGGGAGAUAGUCUGGUAGUUCCUAAGAAGGUUAAACACAGAGUAACCAUGAGACAUAGUGAUUCUGCUCCUAGAUACAUAUCCAAGAGAAAUGAACACAUAUGUACAUGAGAAAACCCGCAUAUGAAUGUUCACAGCAGCACUAUCUAUAAUAGCACAAAAAUGAGAACCACCUACCAACUAAAUAGUCAUCAACUGAAAAAUAGAUAAACGAAAUGUGGCAUAUAUAUACAAUGGAAUGUUAUUUGAUGAUUAAAAGGCACUGACAGGUGCCACACCAUGCACAAACCUUGAAAACACAAUGUUGAGUGAAAAAAACAGACACAAAGACCAAAUAAUGUAAGAUUCCACCUACAUGAAAUAUCCAGAAUAGGAAAAUCCAGAGUUACAACACAGAUUAGUGGUUGCCUGGGGCUGAGGAAGA